AUGGAGGGUGACAAAGAGAAGGGGGUGGCAGGGAUGUCGUGGGGACAAGGAGAAGGGGGGUUGACAGAAGAGGGUGACAAGGCCACAGCAGGGAGGUGACAAGGCCACGAGGGUGACAAAAGGAAGAAGGUGACACGGCCAUGGGGGGGUGACAAAGGGGGUGACAGAGAGAAAGUGGUGACAAGGACACGGCAGGAUGGUGACAAGGACACCCACACCGUGGGUGACACCGAGCCGGGCCGUGCCGGUGUCACCCGGUGUCACCCGGAGCGGCUGUUGACUGCACACAGUGCCACACCCGCGGUGGCCCUGUCACCGGAGCCAGCCGGUGUCACCCCGCUGUCCCCGCGGUGUCGCCGGGGGUGGGGACACUGCCGUUGGCUGCCUGCGCGCGGUGCCACACCUGCGGUGGCCCUGUCCGGUUGUCGCCGGCGCCCGGGGCCAUUUAACGGCGGUGGCAGCGCGGCGGGGAGGGGACAGCAUGGAGGGGACACGGGGGACACGGCUGGAGGAGCGCGAGAACCUGCUGGGGGCCGUGCAUGGCGUGUCCGGGCCCGUGGUGACAGCCACGCGCAUGGCGGGGGCGGCCAUGUACGAGCUGGUGCGGGUGGGACACGCGGAGCUCGUGGGGGAGAUCAUCCGGCUCGAGGGGGACAUGGCCACGCUCCAGGUGUACGAGGAGACCUCGGGGGUGCAGGUUGGGGACCCGGUGCGGCGCACGGGGACGCCGCUCUCGGUGGAGCUGGGCCCGGGCAUCCUGGGCUCCAUCUUCGACGGGAUCCAGCGGCCGCUGCGCGACAUCGCCGAGGCCACGCGCAGCAUCUACAUCCCGCGGGGCACCAAUGUCCCCGCGCUGCCGCGACACCUGGACUGGGACUUUGUCCCCAGCAAGAACCUCCGGGUCGGGAGCCACGUGACGGGCGGGGACAUUUACGGCUCGGUGGCGGAGAACUCGCUGCUGCAGCACCGGCUGAUGGUCCCGCCCCGCAGCCGCGGCACCGUCACCUACAUCGCGCCCCCCGGGCACUACGGCGCGGCGGACGUGGUGCUGGAGCUGGAGUUCCAGGGGGUCCGCGAGCCGCUCUCCAUGAUCCAGGUGUGGCCGGUCCGGCAGGUCCGGCCCGUGGCCGAGAAGCUCCCGGCCAAUCACCCGCUGCUGACCGGCCAGAGGGUCCUGGACGCGCUCUUCCCGGAUCGGGAUCGGGAUUGGGAUCGGCACCGGCACCGGCACCGGGACUGGGAGGGUGACGUGGUGCUGGAGCUGGAGUUCCAGGGGGUCCGCGAGCCGCUCUCCAUGAUCCAGGUGUGGCCGGUCCGGCAGGUCCGGCCCGUGGCCGAGAAGCUCCCGGCCAAUCACCCGCUGCUGACCGGCCAGAGGGUCCUGGACGCGCUCUUCCCGUGCGUGCAGGGGGGCACCACGGCCAUCCCGGGCGCGUUCGGCUGCGGGAAGACGGUGAUUUCGCAGUCCCUGUCCAAGCACUCCAACAGCGAUGUCAUCGUCUACGUGGGCUGCGGGGAGCGCGGCAACGAAAUGUCCGAGGUGCUGCGGGACUUCCCCGAGGUGACACCGCCACACCGGCACAUCGGGGACAUCGGGGUGGCACUGCGGCGCGGCGGGACGCGGGGACCUCAGGGUCGUCGGGGUGGCAGGGCGGUGGACGUGGUGCUGGAGCUGGAGUUCCAGGGGGUCCGCGAGCCGCUCUCCAUGAUCCAGGUGUGGCCGGUCCGGCAGGUCCGGCCCGUGGCCGAGAAGCUCCCGGCCAAUCACCCGCUGCUGACCGGCCAGAGGGUCCUGGACGCGCUCUUCCCGUGCGUGCAGGGGGGCACCACGGCCAUCCCGGGCGCGUUCGGCUGCGGGAAGACGGUGAUUUCGCAGUCCCUGUCCAAGUACUCCAACAGCGACGUCAUCGUCUACGUGGGCUGCGGGGAGCGCGGCAACGAAAUGUCCGAGGUGCUGCGGGACUUCCCCGAGCUGACCAUGGAGGUCGGUGGCCGCUCCGAGUCCAUCAUGAAGCGCACGACGCUGGUGGCCAACACGUCCAACAUGCCGGUGGCCGCCCGCGAGGCCUCCAUCUACACCGGUGGGGACACGGGGACGCGGGGGGACAUGGGAACAGGGACACGUGUGGUGUCCCCCCCCGGAGGGGACUUCUCGGAUCCUGUCACCUCGGCCACGCUGGGGAUCGUGCAGGUGUUCUGGGGGCUGGACAAGAAGCUGGCGCAGCGCAAGCACUUCCCCUCGGUGAACUGGCUGAUCUCGUACUCGCGCUACCUGCGCGCUCUCGAGCCGCACUACGAGCGCGCGCACCCCGAGCUGCCCGCGCUGCGCGACCGCGCCCGGCGCAUCCUGCAGGAGGAGGAGGAGCUGGCCGAGAUCGUGCAGCUCGUGGGGAAGGCGUCGCUGGCCGAGGGUGACAAAGUGACGCUGGAAGUGGCCAAACUGCUCAAGGACGAUUUCCUGCAGCAGAACGGAUACUCGGCCUACGACCGGGCCGCGCUGGUGGCCCCCGAUGUCGCCGCCGGUGUCGCCGCCGGGUCGCUGGUGCUGCGGGACCUGCGGGGAGGGGACAGUGGCACCUUCACGUGCCUGCUGGUGGGGGACAGCGACUGUGCCUGCGGCACGGUGACACUGCGGCUGGCACACGGUGUCUCCUGCAGCCCCCCCUGCUCCGGGGUCCCCCCGCGCCGUGGCCGCGGCAUCGCCGCCAUUGUCACCAUUGUCACCGCCAUUGUCACCGCCGUUGUCACCGCGGGCCUGCUGCUGCCACCGGCCCGCGGGCACUGA